AUGAUUGAAUUUGAUGUUUGUGGAGAUUCAGGAGAUGAGAUUGUAGAGAAGAAUCAAGGGAAUGAAACAGAGGAAGAAACAGAGUUGGUGUUAGAUGGAGGCUUUGUAGCUCUUCACACCAACUCCUUUGGUCAAACCUUCAGGGAUUAUGAUGCUGAGAGUGAGAGGAGAAGAAGUGUGGAGGAAUUUUACAGAACCAAUCACAUUGGUCAAACCGUUGAUUUCGUGAGGAAGAUGAGGGAAGAAUACGGGAAGCUGAACCGUACUGAGAUGAGCAUUUGGGAAUGUUGUGAGCUUCUGAAUGAGUUUAUCGACGAGAGUGAUCCCGAUUUGGACGAACCUCAGCUCGAACAUUUGCUUCAGACUGCGGAAGCUAUCAGAAAAGAUUACCCUGAUGAAGACUGGCUCCAUUUGACCGGUCUUAUCCACGAUCUUGGAAAAGUUCUUCUUCACCCUUCAUUUGGCGAGCUUCCUCAGUGGGCUGUUGUUGGCGAUACAUAUCCAGUGGGAUGUGCGUUUGAUGAAUCUAUCGUUCACUACAAGUACUUCAAGGACAAUCCAGACUACAAUAACCCGAGUUACAACUCAAAGUACGGGAUAUACACCGAGGGUUGUGGGCUCGACAAUGUGUUCAUGUCUUGGGGGCACGACGAUUACAUGUACCUGGUUGCGAAGGAGAAUCAAACUACAUUACCAUCAGCCGGUCUUUUCAUCAUCAGAUACCAUUCCUUCUACGCCCUUCACAAAUCAGAAGCAUACAAGCAUUUGAUGAACGAUGAAGACAAAGAGAACAUGAAGUGGCUAAAAGUGUUCAACAAGUAUGAUCUCUACAGCAAAAGCAAAGUCCGUAUAAAUGUAGAGGAAGUGAAACCAUAUUACCUCUCCCUUAUCAACAAGUAUUUUCCAGUGAAGCUGAAAUGGUGA